CAACCUUAUUAAGAAAACACAGCAUCAGAUUUAAAGAAAAGGGCUUUGGCAUUGUAGUUUUCAUUAUAAAAUAACUACAGUUACUUAUAAAAAGUGAAAAGAUUUCAAAAUUCAACAAUAAUAUUGAUGGUAGUGCCCUUAUUUUUAAAAUUACUUGGGUUAUAAGGAUAUUGCACAUUGAUUUGAAAACAAGAAAGUCUAUUUAAUAAGUAAUUGUUCUUUUGUUUCACAAUGCUGCAUCUGCACUUUCUUUAAGAUCAUUUAGUGAUUAUUUGUGGUUUUUCUUUAAAUGGAACAGGAGCAUUUCUAUGAUGGGGAAAAGGGCACUGGAUAUUUGGCGUGGCGCCUCAAAACCAUUUCCAGGACUUCAGGAAAACGGCCAGUCAAGGAAGCCUCAGUGCAUCAAGCACAAGGACCAAAGCGCCAAAGAUCAGCAACCACACUGCCUCAGCAGCUUGAUGGAGAUGCCUGCAGGGAGGCCAUUUCAUUUCUUGUUCACUCGUCUGAUGAAGCAAGUGUAUUUCAGAAGAUGAAGAUGACAUUUCAGCACCGUCAGGACCUAGUGCAUGACCCACAAAGAAGCACAGAUGUCUUCAAAACAUUUCCACGCUUUUUAGAUGUCAAAGGACUGUUGAAUCAAGACUUCUUGCUGCUGUUUGGUGCUGAAACAGCCUCCAAGAUGCUUGAGAAGUGGGACACCUCAUUUAAGCCCAAGGUCAUCAAAGAGGCCAAAAACCUGACUCAGACAUCUGAGCUGUGCCGACUUCUAAAAGCUGCUGAGAAACUCGCAGAGAACAAUGAAACGGACUGGGACAGUGACAUCGCUUCUAUGCUGCUGCUUCUCUAUCUCUUGCCACCCACAGCUGGACGAAAGAGGACCAAAAUAAGUCCAAGUGAUGCAGUGGACAAAAUGGUGCACUUUCAUAAGUCAUGCUGCAGCAUCAAUGAAUAUGUGCAGGAAAGAGAGGGUAAACAACCGUACAUCCUUGCAGUUGGCCGAACCCAAAAGACAAUUGAUACCUUCUACAUCGCCAUUGACAAACAGCUCAUCCUCUGCCAAGCCACCAGCUCAUUGGGUGCUUUUGAUGAACUGUUUAAAUCCCACUAUGUGUUCAACUUGUCUUAUGAUGAGUCCCUGGUCCAUUUCUACACUUUUUUGCAGACAACUGUCUACAACAUUGAUGUUACCACAACAGAUGAGUCUCCAAGAGUUCGUGAGUUGCGGGCAAAACUUUUGAAUGACAUAUGAAUAUGUUCAAAUGUUUCAUUUGUCAAGCAGUGCAUGCUACUGUACCAGGGCGUAAUAACUCGUUUGCGGAUCGGCCACAGUUUCUAUCCAGGCACCAAGUUUUAAUUAGUUUGUGCACAAGACCAUUGUAGGCGUCAGUUUUUAACAUUUUUAGGUUUAAAAAAAAACAUUUAGUUAGUGUGCAUGAUACGGGUUAUUGCCAACAGUGUGAUUUACUUCAUAGUAAACAAGCUUUUGGUUGACCAUUUCAGUCAGCACUUUUAUGCCUACGUGUUUGAAAAAGAUGUGAUAAAAGCAGACUGUCUUUAAAUUUACAAGCCUUUUGACUAACAAAGUGCUUGUGGAGAUGAUAGCCUUUCUAUUGUACCAUCUCUGUAAAUGUGCAUAGAAUUCAAGUUGUAUGGUGCUUAGAUAUUUUUGUCUUUAUUAAAAAAAAAGUAGA